AUGGUGCCGUGGGAUGGGGAUGAGAUGCUUCUGGUCGCGUGGGACGAGCGGUGGCCCGAGAGCAUCACGCUACACGACGGAGAGCAUGGGGGGAUGGGGGUUCAUCAUAUUUUUUUUUCCAUGUGCAUAAACAAUGCCAUUUACACGCAUUCCUUCCUCAUCUCGUUGGUGACUCGAUGGGGCAGCAGGCCUCUGCCUGCACAAGACACGGCUCGAGACUGGCCGAGUCCUAGUGCAGGGCAGUCGGUAUGUCCCCCAAGGUUUGCGUCAGAUGGCCCCCCAGAAUCUCAACAGCCCGGCUUUGUAACCAACCGCCCGACGAACCAAACCCUGCAGGCAGUGUGUUUGCUUUCAUCGGCUCAAAACGAGGUUGCCGCGCGCAUGCAUCUGUCUGCCGCGCCGACCCGCGCAACGCGGUUCGAGGUGCCCGGGGUGCCUUGGGACAACUCGUACCCCCCCAAAGGUAUGGCGUGUCUGUGCCAGCUGCUACGUAUCCUCCUCCCAAGGUAUGGCGUGCCGCGCCAGCUGCUUGAGCAACUCCCAUGUUGA